UAGCAAAGAAGCUCAGUUGUUGGGCGAUUCACAAAUAGGUUACUACUAAUCUAAUUAAUGAGCCAUCUUGACCUGAGUACGAAUUCGACACAAGAAUCUGGCGCUAAUUGCGAGUGAGACAAUCACAUUCUUCAACUGAGAAGCCAUCAAAAUAAAGCAAGAAAAUUCUCUUUCAAUUACAAUAUGUGAAGAAAAGAAUAGAGAAAAAGAGAAACAAGUAUAUAACUACAAAGUAAUUUUGUGACUAAUUGGAGAAGAACUACAUACUAAGACCACAAAUGAUGCUCAUCGACUUAUUCAUUCUUUCCCUCGUUCUAACAACAAUCAAUGCACAAAAUAACUGCUCAAGAAAUGAAAAUUGUACUAACAUUCUCGAUUGUCCGGAAUUUAGACACCUUUGGAAAUAUCCAAAUGAAAAGUUUUCAGAACAUACUUUUCAAACAAUCAAGAGAUUCAAAUGUAGUCCCGAGGGCAAUUACCCGAAGGUUUGCUGCAAACAGGCGACAGAAACGACAGAGAUUUUAGAAGAUACUCCGGAUUUUCCAAACGUGACAAAUCAUCCAAAUUUACGUUUGUUGGAUCAUCAAGCGUGCGGGCCAAAUAUGAACUAUGGCAAUAAAACCAAAUUCUUCCAAUAUCCGUGGAUGGCACUACUCAGAUAUUUAAUAUACAAUCCCUGGGAUACUUUCUCAAAAGGAUCUACAGAGUGGAUUCUUUGUAGCGGCACAAUUAUUUCCUCGCGUUACAUUCUCACCGCCGCUCGGUGCAAAUAUCGAUCGGGCUUUAGAGUGAUAGGUGUCAGAGUAGGAGAUUAUAAUUUAAGCAAGGAACGUGAAUGUGAACUAGACGAAAACGGGCACGAGGUGUGUGCUGAAAGGUAUCAAGAUAUCGCUAUGGAAAAAAAUGGAUUUUAUCGCCAUCCAGAUUACAGUCCCUUUGAAGAUAAAAACGAUAUUGCACUCAUCAGAUUGAAUGAUACCAUAGACUUCAGUCCUCAGAAUGUCAAGCCCAUUUGUUUACCCUUUGGUCCAACAGCAAACAUCGAUUUUCGUCGAUGGAUUUUAUCAGGAAUUCAAAAAGUAGACGUGCCCGGCUGGGGUUUAACAAGCGACUGGCUCAGACAUACAUAGCUCAGAACUCUAAGUGUAAAGCUGCAUGUAGUUCCCAACGAGUACUGUAAAAAAAUAUUUUCUUACGGGAAAAAAUCUUCAAGCCAAUCUGAUAUAUGGUACAAACAACUAUGUGCCGGCGGUCAAAUAGACGUGGACCAUCCCUGUAA